AUAUAAAGUAUCAAUAAUCCAAAAAAAAAAAAUAAUAAUUUGAUUAACAGGUGCUGCUGCUGCUAUCUUGGCAAACUGGUUACCUCUCGUGUCAUAAUAACCUAAACACUCUUCACUAACUAAUCACACACAUAUACACACAACUGCUCUUAUAUAAAAUCAAUCUCAGAAGAAGCAAAGAUCGGAUCUUUUGGGGUUUUCUUCUUUAAGAAUGGCUGUCCGCCGACUUCUCACCGAGUUUGCAAAGAAGCAGCAAGAGAUCAAGCACUUAAGCAAGCUGUCUUCUAGGUCUUAUCUCACUUCACAGACAUUUCAAGGUGGCAGAGUGAGUAGCCUGCCUGGUGGUCCUCGUCGCUUUCAAUCAAGUUAUAUUGGACGGUUAGCUCGGAGAGUACGUGAUACAGAUGGAUCAGGUGAUGCAUCCUAUCUUAGGGAACUUUCUCGACGAAAUGAUCCGGAGGGGGUGAUAAGAUUGUUUGAAAGUCAACCCUCAUUGCAUAAUAACCAAUCAGCACUUGCCGAAUAUGUCAAGGCGUUAGUUAAAGUUGAUAGGCUGGAUGAGAGUGAGUUGAUGAAGAUGUUACAAAGAGGAACUUCGGGUUCUGGUACAGUGGGGGAAGAAAGUAUUGGCGGCCUUGCAGCUUUUGGAAAUGCUGGAAAAAUAACAAAAGACGGUGUUCUAGGAACACCCUCUGCUCCAAUACAUAUGGUGGCUAAUGAGGGGGGCAGCUUUAAACAACAGUUGUGGCGUACUGUGCGAACACUAGGAUUGGCCUUUCUCUUGAUUUCAGGUGUCGGGGCACUAAUUGAGGAUAGAGGAAUUACUAAAGGGCUGGGUCUCCAUGAAGAGGUGCAACCUAGCAUGGAUUCUAAGACAAAAUUCGAUGAUGUAAAGGGUGUUGAUGAAGCAAAAGCUGAGCUAGAAGAGAUCGUUCACUAUCUUCGAGACCCUAAGAGGUUUACUCGUCUUGGUGGGAAGCUACCCAAAGGAGUUUUGCUCGUUGGUCCUCCUGGCACUGGCAAAACUAUGUUGGCAAGGGCAAUAGCAGGAGAAGCUGGGGUGCCUUUUUUCUCAUGUAGUGGCAGUGAGUUUGAAGAGAUGUUUGUUGGUGUUGGAGCCCGACGAGUGAGAGAUCUAUUUUCAGCUGCAAAGAAGCGGUCCCCAUGCAUUAUUUUCAUUGACGAGAUAGAUGCCAUAGGAGGUAGCCGCAACCCAAAAGACCAGCAAUACAUGAAGAUGACAUUGAACCAAUUGCUUGUUGAACUGGAUGGUUUCAAACAAAAUGAAGGGGUUAUAGUAAUUGCUGCCACUAACUUCCCUGAAUCUUUAGACAAGGCACUGGUAAGACCUGGACGAUUUGAUCGUCACAUUGUUGUUCCUAAUCCAGAUGUUGAAGGCCGCAGGCAAAUCAUGGAAUCUCAUAUGACGAAGGUUUUGAAGGGAGAUGAUGUUGAUCUGAUGAUAAUUGCCAGAGGUACUCCUGGAUUUUCUGGUGCAGAUCUGGCAAAUUUGGUCAAUGUUGCAGCUCUGAAGGCUGCCAUGGAUGGUUCCAAAGCAGUGUCCAUGGCUGAUCUAGAAUAUGCCAAGGACAAGAUCUUGAUGGGCAGUGAGCGCAAGUCAGCUGUUAUAUCAGAUGAAUCAAGAAAGCUGACAGCUUUUCAUGAGGGUGGCCACGCGUUGGUUGCGAUCUAUACUGAUGGGGCUCUUCCAGUACACAAGGCAACUAUAGUUCCACGAGGUACAUCACUUGGUAUGGUUUCUCAAUUACCAGAUAAGGAUGAAACUAGUAUGUCCCGUAAGCAGAUGCUUGCCCGUCUUAAUGUUUGCAUGGGCGGGCGAGUUGCUGAAGAGCUCAUAUUUGGUGAAAAUGAGGUCACAUCAGGUGCUUCUUCUGACCUUAAACAAGCAACCAACCUUGCUAGAGCCAUGGUUACAAAGUUUGGAAUGAGCAAACAAGUAGGGGUGGUUACUCACAAUUAUGAUGACAAUGGAAAAAGCAUGAGCACUGAGACUAGACUCCUCAUUGAGGAAGAAGUCAGAGAACUAUUGGAGACUGCAUAUAAUAAUGCAAAAACCAUUCUCACAACUCACGAGAAGGAGCUCCAUGCACUUGCUAAUGCCUUACUAGAGCGCGAGACGCUUAGUGGAAAUCAGAUCAAGGCCCUGCUUGCGCAGUUAAAUUCUGACCAGCAACAGCAACAGAAGAUAGUUGCACCUCAGAACAAUUCAAAGUCCACAUCAAUUCCCCCAUCUGGGCCCUCUGCUGCAGAUUCUGCAGCCGCCGCAGCUUCCGCAGCAGCUUCAGCGGCUGCUGCAGCCGCCACUGCUGCAGCCAAUGCAGCCAAGGGAAAAGGAGUUGCUCCUGCUUAGAUUAAGAUGAAUCGCUUCUGUGCAUAUUUUUUUUCCAACAGCUAAUUUGUUUUUCCAAGGAGAUACUGUAGUUAAAUGUGUGGCGCCACUCAGGUCCUAGUCGUGUACAAUGUGAACUUGGAGGUCGACACAAGCUGUAGAAGAGUUGAAGCAAAGAUAUUCAGCAUGUUGUCGUAAGGUAGAAUUAUGUAUUCAGUGGAUAGCAUUAUUGUUAUCAUUGUCCUGAUUUUAAUAAUCCAUAUCGCUAACAAUAAUAAUGUUUGCCGUAGUUUUCAAGUUUUACAAUCUUUUUUUGAUA